AUAAAUAUCUCUCAUUUCUUCAUGCCAGUUCAUUCAGUGAGGACCGACUGACAGAGCUAUAUUAUUAUCAGCAUUUAGCGAAGUUUUUUAACAACAUCUUGGAAAGUUUUUUUUAUUUGAAUUGUUUGGAAGCAAGGAGACGUCACCAUGUCACACUACCAUCAUAGAAAAGAGAACCAAGCACUGAGGCAAGAGGACAAAGCAGUGCGCCAGGAGGAAAGAUUACAUAACAGAGCUGUCAAUCAACUCUUGAAAGGAAACAUUGGCAAAGCUGCAUCACUAGAGGCUCGGUCGCACAAUGCUCAUCACCGUGCGGAAGCAGCUGCCGAUCGAGCCGACAGCCAUCAUCAUGCGGCCCACCCCCACCAGCAUUGCCACACCCCUCCACCACCUCAUUAUUGUCCCCCUCCAAUGCAUCCCCAUCAUCAACCGUACCCUCAUCCCCAGCCUCAUCACGAGCCUCCCCACCACCACGGACCACAUCCCCAUGGACCGCCUCAUGCUGCUCCUCAUCAUGGACCGCCUCAUCAUCCUACUCACCAUGGACCCCCUCAUCAUCCUCCUCAACAUGGCCAUUAUCCAGGUCAUUUCUAAACACACGAUGAGAUAAAGAUGAAAAAUGCUCUCGAACUGACACUGACGAUAAAGUAAUAGCCAUGGAAACAGCUCCGUUUAUAAACAGAACAUCCUAUUUUUUACGCCCGCCCCCCCCCCCCUCCCUUUUGAAGAAAAAAAUAGUAUCGUAUCGGAAAGGAUUAAAAUCAAAACUUUAAAUUAACCAUAUGCACACAGGAUGAAACGAAUAUAUUCCCACCAAAUAAUACCAAAGUAUAUUAUAGUAACACUCAAUUUAAGAUCUUUAUAUGCUUUGUUAAUAUCUUUAUUUGAUGGUGAAUGAGACCAAAAUGACUAUCAGCCUAAUAAUAUCGAUCCGGUCAAAACGGAUUAUGUACAUGUAUAUAUUUUCUUGAUUGUUAAAUAAAUCACAAAAAUAUACACACAUGUAUUCGUAUAUGCUUAUGUAAAGGGUUUGCAAUCAUGCCAAAGAAAAUAUUUCCAUAAAAUCUCAUUAUGUCGAUUUCAUCACGAUAUUCAUGUAAAUAUAAUAGUCCUAUAUUCUUUCCUUAAAUCAAUAUUGACAUUUAAAAUGUUCUUAUCUCUGCAUUCCUCUAUCUCUAUGAAUGUAGGUCUGGCUGUUAUUAGCUGAAUUAAUGUAAAUAAUAUUCUUCAGUGUGUUCUUUAUCUCACGCCUUACACGUCCGGAACAUUACGGAACAAAAUAAGAAGAGAAAGAAGCACAGUCAAUAUAGACAGGAGGCUUGGUUAAACGAUGGGUAAAAUGCACGUAAUACAAUGCGUUCUGCCAACUUUAUCAUGACAUAUGUAUUUGUGAUAAUAUCUCUUUUGAAUGUAAAUGCAAUAAAUAUAUUUCUAUGAAAAAGAUCGAA